AUGCAGCCUCUCCUUCAGCCUGGCUUACCCCAAAACCAGCAACAACAGCAACAACCCCCAGGAAAUUCUCACAUUCAAGUUGGCGGUCCUAAUCAGCAGCAACAGCAACAGCCAUUCGCUGCCCCACCACCUCCCUCAGGACAAGAUUGGACGCUCUCAAGUGUGCUUCACUAUCUUCAGUCUGAGUGGAGACGAUAUGAGCGGGACAGAAAUGAGUUUGACAUUGAGCGUGCCGAAAUGCGUGCCCGCAUUGCUUUGCUAGAAGGCGAGCGAAGAUCGUUUGAGAACAUUAAGCUCGACCUUAUGCGAAGAAUAAAGAUGCUGGAAUACGCCUUACGUGUCGAAAGGUCGCCGCGUUCGGCCACUGGACUCUUCAAGGGUCACUCGAAAAGUAAUUUGAGUAAAGAGGAUGUGACAGCGGAUGCAGAGAAACCAGGGAGCGACAUGCAUCUGGAUAGUAAUUCAGGCGCUUCCCCUAAUGGUGCACCUGCGCACGUUCCUGCAUCUCAAAGCAAUCCUGGACCGACUUGGGCAGGCGGUACUUCUACCAAUGCCCAGGCAAACAUGGGGCUGGGCCGACCACCGACCAGCCGUGAUCCUAAAUCCCGUGCUAAAUCCCGCGAUUAUCUCAAACAAUGCCUGCAGGAGAUUACUUACCUAACCUCCAACCAAGCCGUGAAUCCACUACCAAACCGACAACUUCUCAGCCUUGGCGCCAGUGCCAGUGCGCCAAACCUUCCCCCUCCAUCUCAGGUGCCCUCGGUACCAUCAUCACAACCGCAACAAAACGCCCCUGUACACACUAUUCCCAGUACUAUCCAAUUGAUACCCGCCACUCAAAACACAGUUGUGAAUGGCCGACCGCGAAAAUCUGUCCCAGACGUGUCGAAAGAUGUGUUCCUGCAGCCCCCACCAGCAGUCCCAAUUGGACCCGUUGAACCAUUAGACCCAGCAAAUAAUCAAUUUCGCCCUAUAACUGUCACCAUCCCAGACGCUUCACCAGAGGACUCUCAACCAGAGACUCAUUCACAAUCUAUACCUCAGCCCUCCAGUCAACCACAGGCAGCGUCAUCCGAACUCACCCAGAGCCUGGAAAACACCGCUGCAGGACCUGUGUUGGCCGCAGUUGCAGUCCAAGCAGUGGAAUCUCGUUCUGUUCCAGAACCUAAUCAAGUGACCGCUAUUUUUCGCCCCGACGAUGCAGGAGAAUGGCGGGAACGACUGAGAGCAGCUCACGAGUCUCAACAAGCGAUGGUAGCUCAAUCUGCGUCGAAAGAGGAUGAGUUGGCUGACAUGGAAUCAACAAUCGAAAGCAUUACGAGCGAUGGUUCGUCUGGCCCAACGGCCUCGUCUUGGAAGGUGAAACGUACGCUACGGAGUCACCUGGAUGCUGUCCGGGCACUAUCAUUCCAUCCGACUGAACUAAGUCUCGCCACAGGUGGGGACGACAACACAAUCAAAAUAUGGCGCAUGGACCCUGCGACGGUGGCAUCGUCCUCCGCUAGACCAACAACCGAAAUCGAGCCUCAGAUCACUUUGCGCGGUCACACUCAACCGAUUACGGCGCUCGUGCACUCACCCGCACGGAGGCUCCUAUACUCGGCGUCGAUCGAUGCUACUAUUCGCGUUUGGUCCUUGCCUGCGGCCAGUCGCACCACAUACGCACCUUUCGAGGCCUCAACUGGUGUCGCGCGUGCCACCCUCGUCGGUCACACGGAUGCUAUUUGGGAUAUUGCUCUUGUGCGGAAUGAGACAACCCUUGUGAGCUGCGGCGGCGAUGGAGCCGUCAAGGUCUGGGAUGUCUCCAGUGUAGGCGCGGAUGGCGAUGGCGGCGGCCAUCUCAAACUCAGCUGGGGAUACCACGGCCUCACGGAGGAUAUGGAUGACGACGACACCCAGAAGAAUAUCUUUGGUGCAACAACACUCGAUCCUAUCAAGACGGAUCUUAAGAAAGUGGCCGUCGCUUUCCGUGAUGCGAUUGUCAAAUUCUUCGAUGUUGAAACUGGAGUUGAAACUGGUAAACUGCAGAGUGACAUCAGUUACGACGGGACCUCUCGAACACAAAUCAACAAGAUCACGUCACAUCCAACCAUGCCGCUCUUGGUCACAGCCCAUGAAGAUCGUUACAUCCGCAUAUUUGAUGUUAUCACUGAGCAAUGCACACAUUCUAUGCUCGCUCAUACCGACUCCGUGACAUCGCUUUCAAUCGACCCCAGCGGUUUUACUCUAGUUACGUCAGGGCACGAUUGCUCAGUGCGUUUCUGGGACCUGCUUACCACACGCGCUUGCAUCCAAGAAUCUACAACCCAUCGAAAGAAGGCGGAUGAAGGCGUGCUGGCUGUGGCAUUCCACCCUGGUAGUUUACCUUUCCUGGCGAGCGCUGGCGCAGAUGGGAUCGUCAAGUUGUAUGCAACCUCAUGA